CGAUUCUGCUACAUAAACUGGCGUCCCGUGGUGGAUUUUAGCUUACAAGCGACCUGUGAGAAUUGCCAUAGUGCGUUUUCCAUUAGUUUCAGUGCAGUUUAUGCGUAUUUACGCCAGACGGAGCUUUUUUUAAAAAAAAGUAACGUAAAAACGCCAGGUAUGGCCUUGCCCUAAGCCGUUGAUUGUGAUGUGCUGUUAUCAUUAGUUAGGACAUGUCCAUGUAGGGUUGCCACCUCUGCCGAUGGCCGAACAAAGGGGGUGGGGCAGAUAGCAUUGGGUGUUGAACAGUGAUGUUGGGGUGGACAUGAUGACAUAAGAGUCAGGCACAAUGAUGCUGUGGAGUUAUAAUGCCGGGUCAGGAUUAUUGCAUUACUUAUAUGCAACUGGCUGGAUUUCUGUCCAUGUUUUAAAUGGGAUAGAACGUUUUGAAAGAACAGCCCUUUGCAAACUGAGAUGUCCAAUUGAAACCCACAUGGCUGGAAACCCUACCUCUAUCUAUUCUGUCCGAUGAGAAAGACCAAUCCUUUAACUACAGGUGGCAUUGUCAUGAUGUCGCAGGAAAAUGAAGUCACACAACUGCAACAGAGGGUAAAAGAACUGGAGGAAAAAGUGCUCCACCUUGAGGGACAGUGCAGAAGAGAGGGAGAUCAAGCGCUGAGACACACAAAUCCAAAACAGAAAGAGCGUCCACAGCGUGCCUUUGAUUUCUCUGCGCACCCGAAGCGGCAUGUAGCUCUGCGAUUGGCCUAUUUGGGCUGGGGUUACCAGGGAUUCGCUAGCCAAGAAAACACAAAGAAUACAGUGGAGGAGACGGUGUUCAAUGCGCUGCUCAAAACGCGUUUGGUGGAAAGCAGGCAGACUUCCAACUAUCAUCGCUGCGGCAGAACGGACCGAGGAGUCAGUGCACUGGCGCAGGUGAUCUCUCUUGACCUACGAUGCAGUGCAGAAGGGAAACCAGAAAUUCGAUAUGUUCACAUCCUGAAUCGCGUGCUCCCACCAGAUAUCCGUGUGUUAAGCUGGGCCCCAGUGCUGCCAUCAUUCAGUGCUCGAUUCAGCUGCGGCUCCCGCACUUACCGCUACUUGUUUCCUUGUGCACAACUUGACGUGGAGGCCAUGGACAAAGCUGCUCGGCUGCUGGAGGGAACCCAUGAUUUCCGGAACUUGUGCAAGAUGGAUGUCGCCAAUGGAGUCCUGAACUUUACACGAACUGUUCUUAGUGCCAGAGUAGGGCCUGUACCAGAGAUUCCAGGGGACAUGGGGCCAUUUCAGCUCUACCAUUUGCAGAUUACGGGACUUGCCUUUCUCUACCAUCAAGUCAGGUGCAUCAUGGGAGUCUUGUUCCUCGUUGGCCAAGGGAAAGAGAAACCUGAAGUAAUCACGGAACUGCUGGAUGUGGUGAAGAACCCACGCAAACCCCAAUACAAUAUGGCAGUGGAGUUCCCAUUGGUGCUGUACAACUGCCACUUUGAUGAUGUGCAGUGGGUGUCGGAGAAGGAAGCUCAGAGUCUGACCGUGGCUCACCUACAACGUCUGUGGACGCAAGAAGCUGUGAAGACUCAAAUACUAUUUAUGGCCAUUGGUGGCCUGGAUUCCAUACCCAUCUCCUUGGAAACAGGUCAGGAUCCAGUUCCAUGGAACCAGUGUAACCCUACAGUUUGUGAUCUUAGUGGUGGUCUGGUUGAAGGAGUAAGCGCUCGCUCUUAUACCCCUCUAAUGAAGAGACAUCUCUGCCAAGGUCUGGAAGAGCGAGUUCAGCAUUACGUGAAACGCGGCAGAAUUACGUUGCCCUCUGACAGAGACAGGCUGGAGAACAAGACGACCGCUGAGAAGGAAGAAAAAGAAUUCGCCACGAUUGCAGAUAAUCAAGUACAAAACAAUGGACUCUUGCCACAUAGUAACACUCAGAGUAAAGUGGAAGUUAAUAUGGAUCAGGGUUGUGACUGUAUCAAGGGCAGCACAUUCAGCCAAAGUUCAGAAAAGAGAGAAACCGUGUCAGAGAGUGAAAAUUGUGAGGCACCAACACACGAGAACCCAGCGAAGAGGACAUGUCUCGGCUCUAGGACUGACCUGUGAUUGCAUUUCUGUUGGCCCAUGUUUUGGUUAUGCCCCAAAUGCAGAUCCCUCGCUCAUUAUUAAAAUCAACUGAUAAAUUGUGCCACAGCCAAGUAGCCCUCUGUAAUGCACUCUUCUCAGCAAUAACCAAACACCACCUGGGUGAAUCCUUUUGAGACCAUUCAGAGCACUAAUGCUCUUCCAAUGCUGCCCCCCCCCACCCAGAUAAAUCAGUGUACCCAAGUCACCACCUAGCACAGUGGCUUUACUAAACAGUCUCAGAUAAAUUAUUUGGGAAGAUAUAUAGUUGCCAGUCUGUAUUGGGCCAUAUGUUACUGGGAUAUUGCCCCAGUUGCUAAGGCACCACAUGUAUAUGCUUUACAAAAAUUAUAUCCGUAGCUCAAAGUCCAUAAAAAAUCCAGUUUUUAUUCAAUUCACAUAAUAAAAUUGUUUACAUACUGACCCCUCAACAGCCCACCUUACGCGUUUCAUACCUGCUGGUACUUAAUCUUAGGUGAUAAUGAUCACUAAACAGUCUUUCACCAUCAAGAGAGACCUCCUAUACAAUGUAGUGUGCAUAGGGUUGCCACCUUUUCUGGAAAAAAAUACCGGCCUUCCUAUAUUUUUAUGGUUUUUCCCUAUAAAAAAAACAUUGCCUUCAAGCAACAUUUUUACCAGCGGGCCGGUAAAAUACCAGCCAGGUGGCAACCCUAAGUGUGCAGCAAUGGCUGCCCCCCUCCCCCCACAGAUCUCUGAUUUCCCGGCCUAUAAGGGCUGUUUCUCCUUAGUUAUUGAAGGCUGCCAAGCAGUGAUGCUGUUGUGCCUCAUAUUUCCUUUAAUGCCAGUCUCUGUCAUGGCAUCUUCAAACUGUUUAAUAUCACACACUCUUCUGUACAUUGUUGUACACUCUUUAUUUUCCAGCUCAUUUUUUUUUUAGUUUAAUAAAAUUUUAUUAUAUUCUAAAAA